AGUGCACCAGAACGGAAGACAUUUAGUUUCAAGCCUGGGUUUGCAUUGCAUCGCUUCAACAUCGGUUUUCGUUUCAGCAGAAUGUGACACGCGCUUUUACCACUCAUUUCUUUUGGAAUUAUUCUGUGUCAGCAUGUCAUUUUGUGUUCUUUUGUGACAUAUUUGCGAAAAUGGCAAACGGAAUGAAGUGUUCGUCUAUGGUUUUAUUUAUUACAAUUUGUGUUCUGUCGUUCCAAGUUGCUAAAACGGUUUACACUCGAAACUAUUAUGGAUUAAAAGAAGCCUUCGAAGAGGACAUACCACAGGGUGCAUCAACCUUGGCUUUCGUGUUUGAUAUCACAGGUUCUAUGUAUGAUGAUCUUGUGCAGGUGAUUGCUGGUGCUGCAAGAAUUUUAAGCACCAUUCUUGCUAGGAGGGAAAAGGCCAUUUACAAUUAUGUGCUUGUGCCAUUUCAUGACCCAGAUGUUGGUCCAGCUACAGUAACGACUGAUCCAGAUUUAUUUCAACGCCAACUUAAAGACCUUUAUGUUCAAGGGGGUGGUGACUGUCCUGAGAUGAGCAUAGGCGCCAUUAAGUUGGCCUUGGAGGUGUGCUUGCCGAAUUCUCACAUCUAUGUUUUUACUGAUGCACGAGCAAAAGACUAUUAUUUGCUAGAUGAUGUUCUGAAACUCAUUCAAAGGAAGCAAAGUCAGGUUGUAUUUGUCAUGACUGGUGAUUGUGGCAAUCAUUCCCAUCCAGGAUAUCAAGCUUAUGAGCGAAUAGCAUCAACAAGUUCUGGUCAAGUUUUCCACUUAAUGAAGUCCGAUGUUGAUGAAGUGCUAAAUUUUGUUCGAGUCUCUCUUCAAGCAAGAAAAGUUAAUCUGUUUGCUGUAGACCGAAGUGCUGGGGAUUUGAAAGAAUUUGAAUUUGAUGUAGAUAAUUCACUUAGAGAAUUUACAAUUUCUGUAUCUGGAGAAAAUCCUAUGAUAACAGUUAUAAAUUCCAGAGGUGAAGUUAUAGAUCAAAGAAAAGGAUUAUUAGAGCUGCUCAAUCAUAAAAACAUCAGCAUUGUAAAUAUUAAGGAUCCUGAACCAGGUCGAUGGAAGUUAAGAAUAAAUAGUGAAGCAUCUCAUACGAUUCGGGCCACUGGCUUGAGCAAAAUUGAUUUUGUCCAUGGUUUCUCCAGACAACCAACAGCAAGUCUGAAAGAAACAUAUCAUAGGCCUCUUAAAGGAGCUCCUACUUAUUUAUUAGUGAAUGCAACAGAUUUGCCAGAACCAGCAACAUUUAAAAAUGUAAAAAUUGUUGAUUUGGAAGGAAAUAACUUACAAGACAUUCCAUUGUACAGGUUUCCUGGAUCUAAUUUAUUUAAUGCAACUACAUUUUUCCCUCCAAAUGAAUAUUUUUAUUUGAAGGUCGCUGGUUCAGAUGAAUAUGGCUACCCUAUUGAACGUACAACAUCUACAGCUAUUAGUGCUCAGUUGCCUGAUGUACCAGAAGUAAACACAAGAUCUCGCAUGAAUGGCUACUAUGAUGAAGAUGUCGAUUUGAGGUGUUACAUACAGUCCUUAGUUCCUUUCUCAGUAAUAUGGUAUAAAGAGGGAGUACCAAUUAGCCAAGAACAACGUUUUCCCCAAACUACUGAAGUAAUUUUAACUGUGCCUGAAGUGACGAUGUUAUCCGAGGGAUUUUAUUCUUGCAAUGCAUCUAAUAUUGCUGGGAAAUCUUCUAGUGUUAUAUUCCUUGAUGUGAAAGAACCACCUCCUACCAUAACUAGAACUGGAAAUGUUACUGGAACCAUUGGUGACACAGCAGUGCUGUCAUGUGAAGUGCAAAGUAUUGUUGAACACAAUGUUACAUGGAGCAAGAUUGUUCCAGAUGAGCAAAAUAUUGGCUACGUCAAAUCAAUUCCUAUUCCUGAUAUAGCUCGAGUCAUAAUUUAUCCAAAUGAUUCACUUGUAAUUCGAAAUGUCUCACCGGAAGACGAAGGAUGGUAUAAGUGUUCUGCUGCUAAUGAUGGAGGGGUAUCUCAAGAUCAUAUAUAUCUACAUACUUACACUUCACCGAAGGUGGUAAUUAUACCUGAAAAAAAGAACUUUGCUUCUGGGGAUUUCAUUAAUAUUUCUUGUGAAGCAAGUGGCUAUCCUGAACCUAGCAUAAGAUGGGUUUGGAGCCCUGUGCACAAUCAGAAUUUCUUCUCUGGUAGGAGUGAAGUAAAAGGAAAACAUCUAAUUAUACAUUCUGCUGAUCCAAAGGAUGAAGGUCGAUAUGAUUGUAUUGCAACAAAUCUGGCCGGGACACAAAUUGGAAGUACUCAUCUAUAUUUCAUAGAGAUUCCAUUGAUAACUAUGCCAGAUAAAGAAGUAAUAGUGAAAAACGGAGACCAGGCAACUCUUAGAUGUAUUGCUGAGGGCAUACCUGAUCCAAAAGUGAAAUGGUAUAAGAGUGGUACUGAAAUUCAACCUCUUUCUUAUAUACAAAUUACCUCUGAUGGUUCUCUUGUCAUAUAUGACGUGCAAGAAACUGAUGCAGGAAAUUAUACGUGUGUUGCUGAAAAUGAAGCUGGAAAAGCCAAAGAAACAAUGUCUCUGAAUGUUGGGUCAAAACCAUCUUUAGUCAAACUUCCUGCAUCUGCAACAGUUGAAAUAUUGCAGAAUACAAGCAUUCCAUGUUUUGCUGUAGGUACACCAAUUCCUGUUAUUACUUGGCAUUUUGAAAACGGAAGUACUAUAAUCGAUUCUGAUAAAUUCUCAAUAUCAUCUGAAGGAAGUCUACAAGUUCAAGGAGCAGAUUUGUCAGUUCCAGGUAAAUAUAUGUGCCGAGCUGUCAAUAAAUUUGGAAGUGAUAAGCAAGUUGUGGAGCUCAGUCUUUCAGGAAUAAGGAAACCUGUUUUGUCUCCUUUGCCUGCUUUUGUGGAUGUUCCGAAAGGAGAGAAGUUAAUGAUUCCAUGCAUUGCCCUUGAUGGUAAUCCAAAACCUGAUGUAAUAUGGUUAAAAGAAGGAAAGCCUGUGUUACCUGAACAGGGAAUUAAGGUCAAUGGAAAUAAAUUAGAAAUUCAGAGAGUUAGUGAAGUACAUGAAGCAAAUUACUCAUGUAUUGCUGUGAACAUUGGAGGAAAUGAUACUAAAGAUUUAUAUAUCAAUGUUUUAUAUCAGCCUGUGAUAUCAGAAGCUAAUCAAGAGCUAUCUGUUGUGGAAGGCUCUACAAUUAACUUGCCAUGUAAUGUGGAAGGGGAUCCUAAACCAUUAAUAUCAUGGUAUAAAAACGGAAUUGAAUUGACAUCCAAUGAGAUAUUUUCCCUUGAAAAUGAUGGCAGUCUAAAAGUCAAAUUUGUUGGAGAGGAGCAUGAGGGUGAUUACACUUGCUCUGCAUCAAAUAUUGUUGGAACGUCUGAUCAAGUUGUUAAAUUGAUAGUCAAAGUUCCUCCAAAGAUUUUGCCGUCUGAGGAGAUUUAUAACGUUGUUGAAGGUCAUGUUGCAAUGAUGCCUUGCAGGUCUUAUGGUAAACCUGCAGCCUUGAUAAAAUGGAAGCAUCCUCAUCAAGUCCAGUCUUAUUUAGAUAAGUAUACCAUGUAUAAUGGCAGCCUGCAAUUUCGUCCAAAGUAUGAUGAUGGUGGUAUAUAUAUUUGUGAAGCUACAAAUGAAGUUGGCCAAGCAAAAUCUGAAGUUGUUCUGAAUGUUUUAGUUCCACCUGUUGCAAAAAUUAUCACACCAGUUCCUUUGACUGCUAAAAUGGGAAGCAGAGUUUCAUUAUUUUGUGAGACAUCUGGUCAUCCUGAGCCAAAAAUCCAUUGGAAUAAAGAAAACAAUUUGAUUCAUUCAUCUGAUUUAAUUUUCAUUCAAAAUGGCACACUGACGAUUCACAAAGCGGAGAGCCAAGAUCAGGGAUGGUACACAUGCUUUGCAGAGAAUAAUGCAGGUUCUUCUAGUGAUAAAGCAUUUCUGAGCAUCCAUGAAAGCCCACAAAUUAGUUCAAGCUAUUCCUCUCCUCAAAAUCUUACAGCUAUAGUUGGUGAUAAGAUAGAUAUUAAUUGCAAUGCUACAGGCUAUCCUAUUCCUGAAAUAAUAUGGACUGAACCAAAAGAAAAUAUGAUUCAUCAAAUUGAAAAAAAUAUUAUUCACAUUUCUUUUGUGCAAGAAUCUGAUGCUGGAACCUACAUAUGUACAGCUCAAAAUCCUGCUGGAUUUGAUGUGAGAGUAUUCAACCUAUCUGUGUAUGCGCCUCCUGUACUUAUCACAAGUUUCUCACAAGAUUUAGAAAUUACCAGGGGAAGUGAUAUUGCAUUAGAUUGCACUACUGUUGCUUCGCCAUUACCUGAAACCAUGUGGUACAAAAAUAAUCAAGUUUUUUUGGAUUCUAAAGAAAAUAAGUUGAUUAAGGACAACAAUCAAACUAUGAUUUUGAAAAAUGUCACUAUUUUGGAUGCUGGACAGUACACCUGUAUUGCAAGUAAUCCUGUCGGAGAAAUUUCUAAGUUGUUUAAGCUCAGAGUUUCAGUUGCUCCAAAUUUUCUGAGACCAUAUGUUAGGCAACAUCGUAUUUUGAUGAAUAAUUCCCUUCAAUUAGAUUGUUCAACUGACGGUCUUCCAGAACCCAUGUUCGUCUGGCGAAAAAAUGGUUUGUUAAUAACUCAUGCUCUUUUUCCUGGGGUAGAAUUUAUGAAUUCUAAAAGCCUCUUAAAGAUUGAUCAUGUUCAAGAGUCUGAUGCUGGAACUUACUCCUGUGUUGCAAUAAAUAAAAUUGGAUCAAGCAGCCGAGAUUUUGAAGUGAGUGUGUUAGGUACGCCACAAAUCCAAGGAGAAAAUUUGGAAGAAAAAGAGAUUAUGUUGCAAGAAAUUACUUCUCUUAAUUGUGUUGCUUUUGGAAAUCCUUCUCCUACAGUUCAUUGGUAUAAGGAUGGUAAAGAAAUGCUCUUAAACAAUGUUGGACAAUUUACAGAAAAUAAUAAUCAGCAGCUGACUAUUCUUAAAACAGAAGAAGCUGAUUCAGGAAUUUAUACCUGUUUAGCUACCAAUGAAGUUGGUCAAGCAAGAAAAAGUUUUAAGUUAACUGUUUUGGCCUUGCCACAAAUAAAAGAUCAAUCCGUAACUGAAACUUUUCGAGUCAAGGAAAAUGAUGAUUUAAAUCUUCAUUGCGAGGCUGUUGGAACACCUUCACCAACAAUAAUGUGGAUGAAAAAUAAUAAUCUUUUGCCAGCAACAUUGUACCCUGAAGAAACAACUUUAAGACUACAUAAUGUUACAAAGAAUGAUGCUGGAAGAUAUGCCUGUGUUGCUUCAAACAAAGUUGGGACUGAUGAGAAAGAUUUUAAUGUCAUCAUAAUGUCACCCCCAAGAGUUGAGAAACCCUCAACAUAUUUUAAGCAUCCCUUGAAAGAAGAAAGGAAAGAAAGUUUAGAAAAUCAACCUAUUGUGUUAGUUUGUCCAUUUUCUGCAAAUCCAUUUCCUCAUUUUAUAUGGAUGAAGGAUUCUAAGAUGAUUGAUGCAUCGAUUGAUCCUUUUAUUAGCAUUUCUAAUAAUGGAAAGAAUUUGCACAUAAAACAUGCAAAGGCUGAGCAUAUUGGGAAAUAUGUUUGUAUUGCAAAAAAUGAAGCUGGUGAAUCAAAAUAUGAAUUUCUCAUUGAUGUAUUUGUACCUCCAUCGGUGACUGCUGAGCUGAAAAGUAAUUUAGAAAUAAAAGAAGCAGAGGCCCUGAAUAUGAAUUGUAAUGCCACUGGAAAUCCCAAACCUUCAGUGUUAUGGCUAAAGGAUGGCUCAGAAGUUGAAGAAUAUCUUAAUAAAAUUCAGUUUUCUCCUGAUCAUUCUAGCAUCAAAAUAAUCAGUGUUGAGGCUCACCAUUCUGGAAAGUAUAUUUGUAUUGUGACUAAUAUUGCUGGGUCGACUGAAAAAGAGUUUAAUGUCGAUGUAUUAACUUCUCCACGCCUUAAUAGCAAGAGUGAAGAAGCAGUAGGUCGCCCUACUACUUAUGUUAAUAAACCUGUUACUUUAACUUGCCCUAUUUCUGGGAAUCCUGCUCCUCAAAUCAAGUGGGUGAAGAACAGAAAGGAGAUAGAUCCUCGUGAUGGAAAUGUCUUCAUCCAUGAUAAUGGCCUCAAAUUGUCCUUUUUAAGGACCAAAACUGAAGAUUCUGGAUUAUAUACUUGUAUUGCUGACAAUGGUGUUGGAAAUACAUCAUAUAAAUUUGAAUUGGAAAUUUUAAUGCAUCCUAAAAUUGAGCAGAAGGACAUCAAGAAAGCUUACUAUGUAAAGGAAGGUGAAUCUAUAACUAUUAAAUGUGUUGUAACUGGCUAUCCAAAGCCCAUUAUUACUUGGCUGAAAGAUUCCGACAUUGUUCCUCUUCAUUCCUCACCUCAUAUUUAUUUCACGGAGAAUUUCCAAAGUUUGAAGUUAAACCAUGCAACAUUGAAAGAUGCUGGAAAAUAUACUUGUAUUGCUGGGAACGAAAUCGGUACAGCUGAACAGGAUUUUAAAAUCGAUGUUCAAGUGCCUCCUAAACUAGAAGCCUCUGAAGAAAAACCAGAAAAUAAAUCAGCAAUCUUAAACAAACCAGUGUCAUUAAGCUGCCCUGUGUCAGGUAUUCCUCCACCUCGUGUGAAAUGGUAUAAAAAUGGACAGCUCAUUAACUCUCAAGUGAAUCGUAAUAUAUUGCUGUCCUCUGAUGGCAGAAAGCUGAAAAUUUUUCGCACCCAAGAAACUGACUCUGCAACCUAUGUGUGCAUUGCUGCUAAUGAUGUUGGGAAAGUGGAAAAGGAAUUUAAUCUAAAUAUUCAAGUGCCACCAAGAAUAGUUGAAACAAAUAGUGUCUUAGAUUAUUACUCUGAAGAUAAAGAUGAGAAGCAGAAUGAAUUGAAAGCUGUUGAAGAUGAAUCAGCUCAACUUGAAUGCUAUGUUGAUGGAAACCCAAAACCAUUGAUUCUGUGGAUAAAGGACGGACAUUUGAUAAAUGCAGAUUCCAAUGACCAUUACAAAAUUUACCAUGAUGGACAGUUGUUAGAAGUUGAUGAUGUUAAGCCAUAUGAUGCUGGUCUUUAUACUUGUGUUGCUUCAAAUAUUGCUGGAACAAGAGAAAAAAAUUUUGCUCUCGAUGUAUAUAGCCCUCCCAGAAUAAAAGGACCAAACUUUGAAACUCACCAAGUAUUACCCAAUCGCCCAUCUGCCCUUGAAUGCUUUGUGGAUUCUAAUCCCUCGUCAGCAAUUGGUUGGUUCAAGGAUGGUGUUAAAAUUAACUCUGAAAAUACUUUGCUGAAAAUUAUUGAAGAUGGUCAAGUGCUGCAGUUUGUAAAGAGUAGUGCCAGUGACCAUGGUCACUAUACUUGCAUUGCUGAAAAUGCUGUUGGAAAAACAGAAAAGAACUUCAAGGUAGAUGUCUUUGCUGCUCCAGUAAUUCAGGCAUCAACUUUUAAACAAAAAGUUUUGGAGAAUGAAAAAGUUUCAAUGGAAUGUGUUGCAAAUGGAAACCCAGAACCAAACAUAAUAUGGCUGAAAGAUGGCAUUAUGCUGUCUGAGGAAUUGCUGAAAAAUGUGAGUAUUUAUAAAGUUUCUGAUGACACUAUGCUUAAAAUAUCCGAAGCUAAAAGCUAUCACUCAGGAAAAUACAGAUGCAUUGCUACUAACGCAGCUGGCUCAACUGAGAAGUUGUUUGACCUUUAUGUAACAGUACCACCAAGAAUUGUCAAUACAUCUGAACCAAAUUUGACUGUUUUCAUACAUAAUUUUGUCACCAUGCUUUGUGUCGCUGAAGCUGAACCAGCACCAUCUAUUUCCUGGUUUAAGGAUGGAGAAGUCUUGAACGAAAACACUGAUCCUUUUAUUCACAUACUUCAAGAAGAACAAAAACUGCAGAUUCUUAGAACCAGAGAAUCAGAUCAUGGGCAGUAUUCGUGUGAAGCUUCGAACCCUGCAGGGAAAGAUAGCCGUCUUUUUAUGCUGAAUGUCCUAGUGCCUCCGAGGGUUAGAAAUAUCAUACAGGAAGAUUCAAGAACAAACGUUAUUGAGGGAAAUAGCACUGAAAUUAAGUGCUAUGUUCAUGGGAAUCCACAACCUACUGUGUCUUGGAAAAAAGAUGGACAGAUAAUGUUUCCUGACAGAACAUUUAAAAUGCAGCUUCUUGAUAACAACCAGCUUUUACAAAUAGCCAAUGUAGAAGCAGAGGAUGGUGGAAGAUACACAUGUGUGGCUACAAGUCCUUUGGGAACCGAAGAAAGGCAUUUUGACCUGCAUGUUCAAGUUCCACCAAAAAUAUAUGAUGAUCAAAAUACAGAUUAUGUUGCUCUGCUGAACAAACCGUUAACUAUACACUGUGAAGCUGAUGGAACACCAAAACCUGUCAUUACAUGGAUGAAAAACGGUCAUUUAAUUGAUCCAUUUCUGGAUCCAAAUCUUCAAUCUCUGAAAGAAGAAUCUGCUUUACUGAUUCGCAGGGCUAGACUUGAAGAUUCUGGAAAAUAUACAUGCAUAGCUACUAGUACUGCAGGCCAGGAUGAAAGAAAUUUUAAUAUUCAUGUACACACGCCUGCUUCUGUUGAUGAUACUAAUUUAAAAGAAGAAGUAUUAGGACUUCUAAAUGAAACAACUGUUUUUCUUUGUCCUGCGACUGGGAUUCCACUACCAUCCAUAUCUUGGCUUAAAGAUGGGGACCACAUUGAACACGUCAAUCAAGAUACAAAAUACCAAUUUUUAGAAGGUGGAAAAACUUUUAAAGUAAAUUUUGUGAACGAAAAUGAUGCUGGAAAAUAUACCUGUGUGGCAUUCAAUGAUGCUGGCUCAGAUGAGAUAAACUAUUUCUUGGAUGUUAUGACUCCACCUGUCAUGACACCUGCCCAUAAUGAAUCAAAAAUUAAAUCUAAGGAGGGUGACACUGUUCUUUUUGAUUGUCCUGUUCUUGACAAUAACCAUAUUGGUGCAGUCACAUGGAAAAAGAACGGGAACUUGAUAAAUUCCAUCUCUUUGCCUCCAAACUUCGAAUUCUCGCCUGACAAUAAGCGACUAAAGAUAAUAAAACCUCAAGCUUAUGACUCCGGUGUUUUUACCUGCAUUGCUAGCAAUUCUGCUGGAGACUCUGAGCAUGAAAUGGAAUUAUUAGUUCUUGCACCUGCGAAAAUCACACAUCCACUCGAUAACAUUACUGCUAUUUAUGUUAAAGAACAACAUUCAAUAACACUUGAUUGUAUGACUGCAGGACAUCCUAAGCCAAUCAUUACUUGGCUAAAAGAUGAUUUGCCUCUUUUUCAACAACCCAAUUUGAGUUUUCCAGCAUUUGGGAAGCUGAAGAUAAUUAGUUCAUCAAUUCAUGAUGCUGGCUUAUAUACUUGUCAUUCAGAAAAUGAAGGUGGCUGGGAUGAAAAGUUUUAUAACUUGACAGUUUAUGUACCUCCAACAAUUAAUGUUUCAUCUCAUGGACUUCACAAAGUAGGACUACAGAAUUCAGUAUUAACUUUAGAUUGCAUUGCAAAAGGCAUUCCGAAACCGCGUGUUCUAUGGUACAAAGGCUCACAGAUGUUGAUAUCUGGACCUAGAGUUACAUUCCUGCAAGAUGGAGAAAAGCUCAAGAUAUCUCACAUCACAACUGCAGAUGCCGGGAAAUAUACCUGCUUGGCCAUAAAUGAAGCUGGCGAUACCGAAGCAGAGCAUUUUGUAAAAGUCCACGUACCACCAAGUAUCGAGCAGGCAUCUAUCCAAAACUCAAAAGAUCCCAUUGUGAACCAGACAGUCAGGAUCUUUUGUGAUGCCUUUGGUUUGCCAUUUCCAACUAUUACAUGGUACCAUAAUGGAGCACUUAUUUACCAGAAUGAUUCAAGGUUUAGUUUUUCUGGUGCUGGUCAGUAUCUUGAUAUAUUAAGCGUUCAGAGCACUGAUUCAGGGACUUAUGCCUGUGAGGCUGAAAACAUUGUUGGUCAUACUAGGAAAGAAGUUCCACUUACUGUUUCAGUGCCUCCAGAUAUUGAAGCAAAUGGUAGAAGCAGAGAGUACUUUGUAAUUCUUGGGAAACCCACUCGUAUUGAUUGUGAAGCCUCUGGUACACCACUACCUAGAAUAACAUGGUUGAAGAAUGGUUUACCUUUGCCAAAAAGUGAAAAUGUUCAGCAAAUCAACAACAAUAGGGCCCUCUUCUUCACAUAUGCUUUAACAGAUGAAGCUGGGGAAUAUACAUGCAUUGCUACUAACAAUGCAGGAUCUGUGGAGCAGAAGUUUAAUUUGACCGUCUUAGUACCACCCAAAUUCACCCAUGACCAGAAAGAUAAAGUAUUGCCAAUUGUCCUUGGUUCCUCUGGGAGAAUUACUUGUCCGGUAGUUGGACAUCCAAUUCCGGACAUUGUUUGGAGUAAAGAUGGCGUUGUUUUAUCUGACAAGGAAAACAUUUUCAUUAAUAGUACAAAUUUAGAAAUUUCAAAUUCUGACUCAAGCCAUAAUGGUAAUUAUGCAUGUGAAGCAAGUAAUAUUGCUGGAAAAGUAAACAGGAUGUACACUGUGAAAGUGAAUGUGCCUGCCAAAAUUGAAGGCAGUGAUGAAACAACAUUCAUUGCAUCUGUUGUUGGAAGCUCUGUGACUAUUAACUGCCCUGCAUCAGGAACACCCCUUCCCAAAGUUGUGUGGUUUAAAAACUCAAUUCCAAUAAUACCAAGACUUCUGCCUAAUGUUCAUAUAGAAAAUCAAGGCUUGCAGCUAACUGUACUGAAUCCUCAACUAAAAGAUUCUGCAAAGUAUAGUUGUUUGGCAACCAAUGAUGUUGGCAAUGCUAGUCGUGACUUUACUCUCAGCAUUUUAGAGCCACCAUUCAUUGCAAAUGACUCUUCGAUUGUGAAAGUUCUCGCUGGCAAAGAUGCAGUACUGACAUGCAAAGCAUCAGGUUAUCCUGCUCCAGAAAUUGACUGGUUAAAGAACAAUUCACCUUUACUGUUAACAAAUUCAAAAUAUGCAAAGAUGGAAAACUCCUCCAUACAUGUAAGCAAUGUCAAUCUUGAGGAUGCAGGAAAUUACACAUGCAGGGCUACUAAUGAAGCUGGGUUGCAUCAUAAGAAUUUUACACUAAUGGUUACUGCACCACCUGUUAUUAAAGACAUGGAAAAUGUUCAGAAAGUUCUAGCUGGGGAGACAGUAUUUCUUCACUGUGAUGCCAAGGGGAGUCCACCACCUAUAAUCAUGUGGCAUAAAGAUUCAACUUUAAUACUUAAUAGCAAAGAGCAUCAAAUAUUUCCUGAUGGAACACUUCAUUUCCCCAUUGCAAAUGAAUCUCAUAGUGGAGUGUACAAGUGCCUUGCUGAAAAUGAAGUUGGCUCUUUUGAAGCUGUGCGAAGGCUUCAUGUUUUAUCUUCUCCUAAAAUAAUCGAAAAUUAUUUGACAAAAUAUGAAACAACACAAGCCCAGCCUGCAGUUCUAAAAUGUGCUGCUGAAGGUUAUCCAAAACCAGUUAUUUCUUGGGAGCACAAUAGCAGGUCCAUGGAUUUGUUCAACCCUCGCUAUAAGCUGUAUCCGUCUGGGGAUCUUCAUAUUUCACUUACUCAGCCAUCUGACAUGGGUACCUAUACCUGUAUCGCAAAAAAUGAAGCUGGAUCUGACACCAGAGAUAUUGAUCUUGUUGUAUUUGUUCCCCCUUCUGUCAAUAUCAGUGGACCAAGUGCAAUUACAGCAGUGAGAGGUCGAACUGUGACAUCUGUUUGUUCAGCAAAAGGCUUCCCACCUCCAAAAAUUAGUUGGCAAAAGAAUGGCAUUCCUUUUCUGAGCUCUACUUCUGAUAUUACUGGACAGCUAACACUCGAAAACAUCCAACCUGAAGAUAGUGGAAGUUAUGUAUGCAUAGCUGUAAAUUCUGCUGGAAGAGAUCAUAAAAGCAUUUCUCUGGAGGUUCAUGUGCCACCUGUUAUAGUAGAACUCCCGAAAAGUGAAGAUCUUUCAGUGGGAGAUACUUUAGUUCUAAUUUGUGAAGCUAGUGGCCAACCUCUUCCAGGAAUAACAUGGUUAUUGAACAACACUCAAGUAACAGGAUCAGCUUAUUCUGCUUUUGGACACAGUAAAUUGGUUGUUGAGAAUGUCGGUAAAGAGGAUCAAGGAACUUAUAUAUGUCUUGCUCAAAAUGCUGCUGGGGAAAAAAAGGCUGCUGCUGCUGUGCGAGUUCGAGCUCCCCCAAUCAUAAUGGAAUCAUCUGAUGUGAAAAGUGUACAGUUGAAAGAAACUGUCAUUUUAGAUUGUCUUGUAACAGGAGAUCCCUCUCCAAACAUUAUUUGGAUAAAGAAUGGUCAACAGUUGAUAUCUAAUCAUAGGCUUGAAAUAAAAUCAAAUGGCUCACUAUAUAUAUAUAACUCAUCAGAUCAUGAUUCUGGCCAAUACAAAUGCAUAGCAAGUAACGGAUUCGGUUCUGCUGAAAGGGUUGCCGAGCUCAUCAUAAGAAGCAAGCCAGAGUUCAUUAUUGAACCUCACAGCAGGAAGAUUGAAGUUGGGAAUGAUGUCUUAAUGGACUGCAAGGUUAAUGGAGAGCCCAAACCAGCUGUUAUUUGGUUGAAAGAUUCUGCGUUAGUCAACAAAACAGAUCGCUUGUCAAUAUUGCCCAACAAUUCCUUGCAAAUUAUUGCUGCUCAGUUGCUAGAUGAAGGAAUUUAUGCUUGUACAGCUGAAAAUGAAUUAGGUUCUGUUGUUGUUGAAGCACAGUUAGUUAUUCAAGUCCAUGGGAAAUGGUCAGAUUGGCAGGAGUGGAGCUCCUGCUCCUCCUCAUGUGGUGAUGGAAUUCAAAGCAGACAACGAGUCUGUAACAAUCCUUUACCGAAAAAUGGUGGAAAAGCAUGCAUUGGGCUAUCUAGUGAAGUCCGGCAUUGUGAAUCAGAGCCAUGUGCAGUUGAUGGUGAAUGGGGAAAUUGGAUGGAAUGGUCCAACUGUAGUGUAGCCUGUGGUGUAGGUAGCAGAAGAAGGCAAAGGAAAUGUGAUAACCCUCUUCCAAAGUUUGGAGGCCGGUACUGCAUUGGAGCAGAAGUUCAGACAGAUUCAUGCAUGCUAAAGAAAUGUCCUGUGGAUGGCAACUGGGGUUCAUGGUCUUUAUGGGAAGCUUGUAGUGUUACUUGUGGAAAAGGCACGCAGACCCGUUCCCGCAAAUGUGAUAACCCAGAACCAUUACAUGGUGGUCAACCUUGUUUUGGUGAUUCUUUGGAACAUCAGGAAUGUGAACUAGAAGUUUGUGCUGUGGAUGGUGAGUGGAGCAUUUGGAGUGAAUGGUCCUUGUGCUCUUCUUCUUGUGGUGGUGGGAAAAGGGAAAGGAUCAGGAAAUGUGAUUCUCCAUCUCCUUCGUUUGGUGGGCGGUAUUGCUCAGGGUCACAUGUACAAACUGAUUACUGUAACAAUGCUCAAUGUCCAGUUCAUGGCAGUUGGGGAGAUUGGUCAUCAUGGGGAGAAUGCUCCUCUUCAUGCAAUAAAGGGCAAAAGAAACGUUUCCGUUCAUGUAACAAUCCAAUACCUUCAGGUGGUGGACGUGACUGUACUGGAUCUUCUCAACAAAUUGAAGUUUGUAAUGCUCAUCUUUGCCCUGUUGAUGGAAAAUGGAGUGAAUGGAGCGUUUGGUCAUCAUGCUCAGUAACGUGUGGUAUUGGUAUGCGUUCGCGAAUCAGAACUUGUGAUAAUCCAGAUCCAACUUUUGGUGGAAAAGAUUGUUUAGGAGACAAUGAAGAGUUUGAAGAAUGUGGAGAUGAAGCUUGUGAUGUUUUACCUAUUCAAGCUUUUGGACAUUUGAUUGGAGCUAUAAACGAAAUUGAUUUUGGCCUGUCAAAAAUGGUAGCAAACGUAACACAGGUUGGCAUGGUGCAAACAACAUCUGCUUACAUUCAAAAUAUCACUGAAGAAAUAGCUCCUUGGAUGAAAUUGCUGGUACCAUUGUUAACCCCCAUAUAUUGGACUACUGCAUAUGAAAUAGGUCAGGCUGUUAAUGGAUACACUCUAACUAAAGGAUUUUUUCGCAGGGAAACUCAAGUGAACUUUGCAACAGGUGAGACUCUUUACAUGACUCACAUUGCUAGAGGACUUGACAGAAGAGGAAAUCUUUUGGUUGACAUUGUGAUAAGUGGAGAAGUUCCUGAAGUACCAACUAAUUCUGAUACCAAACUGCAUUCUUAUACAGAGGAUUAUGUUCAAAUGGGCCCUGGUUUGAUCUACGCAUUUUCUACUCGCACCUAUGAAGUGGAUGGCUAUGUCAUUCCUUAUUCUUGGAAUCACACCAUUGUUUAUGAUGAAGCACAAUCUUUGAUGCCAUUUCCUACUGAAAGAUUGUAUGCAAAUGGUAUUAAUAGUUCUUAUGAUAGUGAAAAACAUGAAAUGAAAUAUAUAAUAUCAGCAGCUAUUGGUAAAAGUCCAUCUGGUGAAGAAUGCACUGAUGGAUUUAGUUUGAGCGCCCUUGGUAACUAUUGCAGUGAUGUUGAUGAAUGUGAACUUAAUCCUUGCUCUCAUGUUUGCAACAACUUUCCUAGUGGAUUUUCUUGCUCUUGUCUUCCUGGCUUUGCAUUGGGUUUAGAUGGCGAAGCUUGCAAUGAUAUAGAUGAAUGUACAAUGAAUUUGGACACAUGUUUGUCAUCUGAAGAAUGCAUUAAUACCAUUGGUUCCUAUAAAUGUCUUGUAAUGUGUAAAAAUGGAUAUCAAAGAAGUGAUGAUGAACUUUACUGUAUAGAUAUUGAUGAAUGUAGUGCAAAUCUUCACAACUGUGAGCAAAUUUGUGUUAAUUCCAUUGGAAGUUUCAGUUGCAGCUGUCAAAUCGGUUAUUAUCUGUUUGGAAGAUCACGGUGUAUAGAUGUUGAUGAAUGCAGUUCAUUAGAACCUCCAUGUAGUCACACCUGCAAAAACUUACCCGGUAGUUUUAUUUGUUCCUGCCCUAAAGGAUAUGAACUUCAAAAUCAGAGAAAUUGUUUAGACAUUGAUGAAUGCAAACUUGGAAUUUAUAGCUGUGAAUCAGAUCAGGAAUGUAAAAAUGUUGAUGGAGGUUAUAAAUGCAUAGCUAAAUGUUCUCCUGGACUUGUCAGAGCUGCAAAUGAUACAUGCAUAGAUAUAGAUGAAUGUGACGAUCAUGCAGCUUUAUGCCAUUAUACUCAAAUUUGUAUCAACACAUAUGGGAGUUAUCACUGCUCUUGUUUUAGAGGUUUUUAUUCUGAAGGAGCUGGAAAACCCUGCAAAGAUAUAAAUGAAUGCUUGCAGAGACCCAACCCCUGUAGCUAUAUUUGUAAUAACUUACCUGGAGAUUAUGAAUGUGUUUGCACUCCUGGACUCAAACGGCUGCCUGAUAAGAAAACUUGUGCAGGAAUUGAAUAUUUAGAUCAGAAAGAUCAUGAAGUUCAGCAUGAUUACAGCACAAACGAUGGAGACAGGUCAAAAGAACACCUCACUGAUUCUUUAGCUCUGAGAAAAGCACCAAACAAUUUUCAUUGUCCUGUAGGUUUUCGAAAAGAGGCGAAUUCAUGUGAAGAUAUCAAUGAAUGUGAAGACAAAGGAAAAUGUCAGCACUCUUGUGAAAAUACUGUUGGGAGCUAUAAUUGUUUAUGUCCAGAAGGAUAUCAGUUAGGUUCCUCCGGGAAAACCUGCCAAGAUAUUGAUGAAUGUCUUGCGUCAAAAAUUGAUUGUGGACCAGAAAAAAUGUGUUUUAAUAUGCGUGGUUCUUAUGAAUGUAUUGAAACUCCUUGCCCUCCUAAAUAUGACAGGGAUCCUCUAACUGGGUAUUGCAAGCUUGCUUGUGAAAAGGCUGGAAUGGCUUGCCCACCCAACAUUAAGUAUGCUGAAAUUCUUGCAUUCAAGAUGAUAGCAUUGCCAAGUGGUAUUCAAGCAUAUCAAGAUCUCAUAAGACUCAUUGCAUACGACCAAGAUGGAAUUCUGCUGCCAGACACAGUAUUUUCCAUUAUAGAAAAUGAAACUGGUGUUCCGUUUAGGAUAAGACUGGAAAAUGGUAAAGGAGUACUUUACACUCAAAAGAACAUGGAAUCAAAUCAGGAUUAUAAAAUCAAAGUGCAAGCAAUAUCAUAUGAUAUGGAGUUGCAUACUAUCCUGUAUACCACUAAAUUUGUAGUUUUUGUUUCGGUUUCUCAGUAUCCUUAUUGAGUGUAAGUACUAUAGGAAAGAAAAACAUUCACAUUAAUUGCUAACAAAGUGUUUAUAAAUUUGAUCAUUCAACUAUUAGUAUUUUAAAUAUUUCCUGUAAAGUUUUGUAUGUCAGGGUGAUUGCAUUCUGGUUUCACCAGAAUUUAACCUCUUUCGAAAAUUCUAACGCAAGCGACCACAACUUUUUGAUUUUAAAUAUAAAAAAUAAGCUAAUAGAUAGUAAUAAAAAUAACUAAUUUUAAAAUAUUGUCCCUUUUUUUUUAUACAUGAAGCACACUGCAAUCUUUUAUUAUACAAAAAUUUGUAUCCUUUUUAAUAAAUUGUUUUUUAUAAAAAAUGUUGGUUAGAACUUCAAAAAAAAAAAAAAAAACACACACACACAUCUAUUUUGUUUUCCAUUAUUAUUUGAAACCACUGAAGCUUGAAUCAAAUAUGAAACCAAAAGGAAAUAGAUAUUAAAAAUAAAAAAAAAAGCCGAGUUUUAAAUUUAUUUCAGUGUUAUUGCAAGCACAGAUUUCAUUUCCAUUUAACAUUUUCUUUCAUAACACCAAUUUAUUUCAUCAUGACUUUUAACAGUUGAGACUCAAAUUUUAUAUCUUAACCUGUUUACAAAAUGUAAAAAUAAUUGGCAGUGAAACUGCCACAUGACAAAUAAACUUGUUAAUAUUUACUGCAAAUGUAUAAGUUUUAUAGUUGCUCCUAAAUGCAUUAUAAUUUAAUGUUGUUAUUCAAAGAUAUUGUAAACACGUUACAUACUGAAUAAAAUAUAUAUAUGUAUGCGUGAUAUUUUGAUAUAAAAUUGUGCGUUGAAUGGAAAUAUAUAUUUUUUUAUUGUUCAGUUCUGCAUAUUUAGUUUUCAACUUUUUGGAAUUAAUGCAUAAAAUAAUGUCAGGUUGUUUUUUUUUUUUUUUCGAUCUUGACCAAUUCGAGAUAUGUGCUUUAGACUGUAUACAAAUUAUUUAAUAGAUAUAAUAGGCUUAUGAAUCAUACCUUUAUAUUUACUGUAAACGUUUAUUUUCGUGUAGCAGUAGUAUCUAAGAGCAAUAAAACAGUGUAUAUAAUAUACAUUUAUUACUCAUAUUGCAUUUAUUUGAUUUUAUGCCAUACUCAUACGGUCACAUUUCUCAGUUUUUUCGUACAUGGAAAAAACUGAAUUUUCCCCUGAAAUCAGUGUUUACUAUGGGUGAGAAAAGCUUGUUCAACCUAACUUGUAAGAAUUGAAUCAAAAAUUCAAACACGAGAAAUAAAUUUAAUUAUUUUACUGGAA